AUGACCAAACUUCUUCGCUUAACUUUUGUUGUCUUUGCUGUCAUUAUGCUUGCAACUGUAAUUGUCUCGAUACCGCUUCCAGUCAACGAAAGUAAUCUGAACAAAAGAUUGGCUGCAACCGACGGACCGGAUCGUGACGUUGAGCAUUGUUCUAAACGAAAGAGAUGUCCUCCUCCGCUCUUCGCCCCACCUCAAAAGGGUCAUACUAACAAUAAUGGACAAACUGAUGCUGCCUAA